CUCUCUCUCUCUAGUCGGCCACAAACCCUCCUCUGUUCUUUCCCAAAUCGAAAGACCCAGAACUCAAAUUCGAUAAAGAUCGAACCUUUGGAGGGUUGAGAAGAGAAAGAUCGAAUCUUUGAGAUGGAUUCAGAUCAGGGGAAGCUUUUCAUCGGCGGAAUAUCGUGGGAGACGUCGGAGGAUAAGCUGAAGGAGUACUUCAGCAAUUACGGCGACGUUUUGCAGACGGUGGUUAUGAGAGACAAGAUCACUCAGAGACCCAGAGGUUUUGGGUUUGUGGUCUUUGUAGAUCCUGCUGUUCUUGAUAGGGUUCUUCAGGAAAAGCACACCAUAGAUGGCAGGACGGUUGAGGCUAAGAGGGCCCUCUCAAGAGAGGAGCAGCAAACUUCUGUCAGAGCAGGCAAUCCUAAUCCUGGUAGAAAUGUAGGAAGUGGUGGAAAUGUUAGGACCAAGAAAAUUUUUGUUGGUGGGCUGCCUCCCACUCUAAAUGAAGAAGAGUUCCGCGAAUAUUUUGAAGCUUAUGGCAUCGUAACAGAUGUAGUUGUAAUGUUUGACCAAAAUACUGGACGACCUCGUGGAUUUGGAUUUAUUUCAUUUGACACUGAAGAUGCUGUUGAUAGGGUAUUGCACAAGACAUUUCAUGAACUAAGUGGUAAGCAAGUGGAAGUAAAGAGGGCUCUUCCUAAAGAUGCCAAUCCUGGUGGAGGUGGCCGUUCCAUGGGGGGUGGCCAGGGUGGUGGUGGUGCAUCUGGUGGUGGUUACCAAGGCUAUGGGGCAUCUGGGGGCAACCCAAAUGCAUAUGAUGGUCGAAUGGACUCAAACAGGUACAUGCAAUCUCAGAGCACUGGAGCAGGUUUUCCUCCUUAUGGUUCUUCAGGGUAUAGUGCACCCAGUUAUGGGUAUGCUCCUUCUAGUAAUGGCAUUGGAGGCUAUGGUGGUUAUGGAGGCUAUGGUGGCUCCAAUACUGGAUAUGGUGGUCCAGCUGCCGCCGCCUAUGGAAACCCUAAUGCCCCAAAUGCUGGUUAUGGUGGUGGUCCACCAGGUGCUCCUAGGAGUUCAUGGAGUUCCCAAGCCCCCUCUGGAUAUGGUGGUAUGGGCUAUGGCAAUACUGCUCCUUGGGGUGUUCAAAGUGGCAGUGCAGCUGCAGGAAGUGGUGGUCCUGGAUCUGCACCUGCUGGUCAAUCUCCUAGUGCAGCGGCUGGGUACGGAGCCCAAGGUUAUGGUUAUGGUGGGUACAGUGGAGGUGAUGCAUCUUAUGGAAAUCCAUCUGCCUAUGGCGCAGUUGGAGGGCGUUCUGGUAGUGUCCCAAAUAACAAUGUUGGUGGUCCUGGAGGGGAGCAAGUUAGUGGUGGUGGAUAUGUUGGAAGUGGCUACAGCGACUCAAAUGGAAAUGCAGGUUAUGGAAAUUCUGGUUGGAGAGCUGAUCCGUCACAAGCUUCUGGAAAUUAUGGUGGUCAGAUUAAUGGUGGGCAAGUCGGCUAUGGUGGGUAUGGCAGUGCUCAGGCACGACAAGCCCAGCAACAGUAAUUUUGAUCUUCAGCUGUUCAAUUGACAUGUCUUGUAUCUCUUGAAACAUGAGCUAGUAAUGGUCUCUUAAGACCAGCGGCAGCAGCAGGAACAGCUCAAGUUGGACGGAUGCUUUGUGCCUGGUUGAAUUGCUUAAAACCUAUUAGUUUGCAGUAUCUAUUUUGGUAGUCUAUAAUAAGUAGUAUUUUAGUGCGUACUAGAUGCUCCUCCUAUUUACUUUUUCUUCUGAGUGGUUUUAAAUUUGGCGUGCUUAUUAUUGUCUACUUUCUGCUAGUGGCAUUUACCUCUUGGUCAUAGUGUUAAAGCUAAAGUAGCUUAUAUAACCGUAUAUUUGUUGGUUUUAUCGCAGUUAAGUAUUUUGUUAUUUAA